AUGAUUGGAAAACCAAAUGAGUUAAAAAAUAGAAGUGCAUCUACCAAUUAUUGCGAAAAUCAACCAUUUCACGAUCCCAACCAUUUUCGUGAAAUUUUAACCCUCAACUCAAAUAAAAUUCUAGAGCUCAGUGAAUCUCUGAAAAAGGAACAUAACGACUUUAUCAAUUUUAAGAGGUUAAAUACAACUAGGAUAAAGCAACUUGAACUUGAGAACAGUUUACUCAAGGAGGAUAACGAAAACCUUUCAAGAGAGCUUUUAGAACAUUCUGACCUUUUGAAGGAUCAUUUUACUUUGAGGGUUUACUCUCACGACAAAGAUUUAGAGUGCUCAAACCUUAAAAAGAGAGUCGAGUCUUUAGACCAAGAAAUUUAUAAUUGGAAUGAAGUUGUUAAAAAGCUUGAAUGCCAACUUCAGUCCAAACUAAAUAUUCAAAACCUCAAUUUAACUCAUUCUGUAAUCUGUCAAAAUCAGUCAAAACUUCCCAAAAGAUCACUUACAUUUCCUGCUUACUUUAACAAAGGUGAUAACACACCUGAUUCUUCUCCAUUUCCUGUAAACGACGUCGACUUGGACCAUAAUUUUCUAGUUUCCAAAUUGAGGUCCCAAGUUCAGGAUUUAAAGUCAGAAAACAUGGCUUUGAAGGAUAUGCUAAACAGGACUGAGAAGGUAUAUAAGAAGGAGUUUGAAAGGCUUGGGACUGAGUUGGAGUGGGUGCAAAAGUCGAAUGAGCAACUUCAAAAAUACUGCUAUUUGUUGUCUAGUCUCGACUCUCAUGUAUCACAGUCGGAAGUUUCCGACGAGAUUGGACGCAUUCUUAACAUCAACCACUAGUAAUUAUCAGUUGAAUAAUUCGUUUAUUUUUAAUAUUAAACAUUAAUUUACAGAUUCCAUUAUUAAACAUUAAUUUAC